AUGGCACAUCCCAUCCAAGCAAUGCAGGAACUUGCUGGGGCGGCAGGCGCAGAUCCAAGACCCCUCCAACGCGCCACCGUCUUCCAAGGCCUGAACGACGGGCCGGCCACGUUGGCUGCGAAGAUUUCGGGAGUCACUUCGGGCGGGAAGAAGGAAGAUGAUGCUCCCUAUCACACCAACAACGACGGCAUCCCAUGGCCAACUCCAACCCACAGCAAGACCGUCGGCGGCAUCCCCGUCGCCUCGGAUAUCUUCUUGUUCCAAAAGCAGCAGGCAUUCAACAGACACAAGCUGCUGGAGAGGAUGGUCCAUCCCUGCGGAAGCGGUGCGUUUGGUUACUUUGAAACCACAAAGGACAUGUCACAUUUGACCAGGGCCCAUUUCCUUCGAAGCUCGGGCGUCCGUACCCCCAUCUUCAUCCGCUACUCUACCGUCACCCUGGGCCGAGAGUUCCCAGACCUUGCUAGAAACCCGCGCGGCUUUGCCGUCAAGUUCUACACCGGGGAAGGCAACUAUGACAUUGUUGGCUUGAACUUCCCGGUUUUCUUCUGCCGUGAUCCUAUCCAGGGACCUGAUGUGAUUCGCAGCCAAGGCAGGAGACCUGACAACUUCCUCCUUGACUACAAUGCCACGUUCGACCUGCUAGCUCACACACCGGAAGCGAACCACGCUGGUAUGAUGUUCUUUAGUGAUCACGGAACGCCCAAUGGCUGGCACUCCAAUCACGGUUAUGGCUGCCACACUUUCAAAUGGGUCAACAAGGAAGGCGAAUUCGUGUACAUCAAGUACCACUUCCUCGCCGACAAAGGCCAGAAGCAGUUCACCCGUCAAGAAGCGGUCGAAAUGUCCGGCAUCAACCCGGACUACUCGAAACAGGAACUCUGGCAGGCAAUCGAGCGUGAAGAUCCAAUCUCCUAUACAGCCUGUGUCCAGGUGAUGGAGCCGGAAGACGCCGACCCCUUGAAGCUCGGGUUCGACCCAUUCGAUGUGACCAAAGUCUGGCCUCGAGAUCAAUUCCCCAUGCAAGAGUUCGGCAAGCUCCAUGUCAACAAGAACCCCGAGAACUAUCACCGUGACGUGGAUCAAGCCUGCUUUUCGCCAGGGGCCAUGGUUCCGGGGAUCGAGGAUAGCCCGGAUCCGCUGCUGCAGUUCCGCAUGUUCUUUUACCGCGAUGCACAGUUCCAUCGUCUCGGCACCAACUAUCAUCAGGUCCCAGUCAACUGCCCCUUCAUGGCGGGCUCCAUGUCAAGCCUGAACUUCGACGGUGUGAUGCGCACCGACGCCAACCAUGGCGGCAACCCAGACUAUGCGCCCAACUCGUACACGCCCAUGUCCAAAUUCCGCUCAGACACAGCAGCAGCCCCAUACAAGGUGUCUGAUCCCGUGGUCUCGCGCAAAUCACACUUCUACCACGAAGGCAAUCUGUCCGAGUAUGACCAGCCACGUACGCUGUAUGAGAAAGUCAUGACCGAAACCCAGCGACAGCACCUGCACAGCAACACCGCCGUCAUGCUCGGACACGUCUCGGACCCCAAGAUUCAGGUCCUGUACCUGGGCCAGCAGUACUGCAUCAAGCCAAGCUACGCCAAAGCCAUUUACGACCUGUUGCCGGAGAAGAAAUUCGAGUUCAGCGAGGUCGAAAACGCCGCAAAGGGCGCCGAGACCCGUACCAAGGACCCGCGUUUCCUGCACAACAACGACCAGGAGAGGUUGGUCGGUAUGCCUGUCCAAGGCAUCUACAACUUCUGA